GAGGAACCUGCAUCACACCUCAUCCGACCGUCGCUUUGGUGUGGUGAUCCGCGAGGUUGUCCGAUUUGAAAAUUAGGAAAAGAAUCCCUUCCUGAGGGGAAAAGUUAAAUAUUUUUUUUUUUUAAGUUUUUAUUUUUAACUUUUCCUGGCGGUGGCCGCGAGUAGCCAGUUAAUUUUGUAUUCCCUCGUACUGUGGCGUUCUCUACGAACUUGUUACAGGGUGUCUGAUCAACGAGAAACUGUUUAUAGUGAAGAUCCCGGAUGUUCUGAAUGAACCAGUAAUUGAGGGGGAGAGACAAGUGACCACACAGCCGCCGAGAUGUCACAUAAAUACGUUUCCAACAAAGCUGUCCUGCAGGACCAAAGCUUCCUCAACAAGCUGGGAGCAACCCUAGCACAAAGGUCCAACCCAGACCCGAACCUCGAGAUCAAGGAGAAGACCACCCUGUCAUGGCGCAAGACGUCGCAGGUCCGCCGUCGUAUCAAGACGGCCACGGGCACCAUCCCCAUCUACGACUACAUGACACCCGAGGAGGAGGCUGCCAUCGAGGCGGAGGCCAUGCUCAUGUCAGGAGGGGGAGAGGAGAUAUCUGGCGAGGCUGCCGUAGCUGUGGAGACUGCCGCUCUCCAGGCUGGAAUGACUCAGGAAAAAUCCGAGACGAAGACUGUGACCAAAUUCAGCUACACUGUGCUGGACAAUUACAAGCCAGACGACAUCGAGGGAUUAGAAGUAGUAGCUGGGCAGACGGUUGAGCUCAUUGACAAAUCCAGCCCUCACAAACGACCCAGACUCGAGGGCGAUGAAGAGGCAGCUGAGCUUUUGGACAACUCCGCGGCUCGCCACAAGAUGGCAAUUCGACCCAAAAGGAACCACCCUGACCCCAGAUCCCGCGCCCACGAUGUUGCUGAGGAGAGGUGGCUCGUGAAAGACCCCGAAUCCGGAAAGCAAGGUUUAGUCCCCGCCGCAAGCUUAGAGUUCUACAAGGAGGAGACGGUGACUGAGGAGGUCUCCACUCUGAAGAGGUCGCUGCAGCACAUGGUCAUGCAGGAGACCCUGGCCGUCAAGAAGAACCUCAUGAAGGAGAUCAAGGAGAUGAAGUCGCGGAAGCUCUCCAGCAAGCUACUAGGACCCACUCCCGAGGACGAAGCCAGGGGCAAGCGCAAAGCAACCAUCCAGGAGCUCAUAGAGACGGAGGAGGAGUUCGUCAAGGACCUGCAGUUCGUGAUGGAGCAUUACUUCAGCCUCAUGGACAAACCCACUACCCCGAGGGCAGUCAGAGAUCACAAGGACCUCAUCUUUAACAACUUCAAGUUCAUCGCUGACUUCCACCAGAGUGUCCUUAUUGAAGGUGUCAAGUACCAUGCUGAAGUGCCCACUAUGGUUGGACGAACUUUCUUGCGUUUGGAGAGAGACUUCGACAAGCACGCAGAGUACUGUAGCAACGAGCCGCUGGCCCAAGAAUUCAUUGCAAACAAUCUGACAGUGAAGGAGUUCUUUGAUGAGUUCAGUCAGAAGUUAGGAGACGACAAGAACCUCCAGGAACAUUUGAAACUCCCCAUCCAGCGGCUUAACGACUACCAACUCCUCCUCAAGGAGUUGGUGAAAUUUACCUCGAAACUCGGGGAGGAAACCAACGACCUUGAGAAGGCGUAUGAGUUGAUGCAAACUAUCCCCCAGAGGGCUACAGACGCUAAGUUUAUCACCUCCAUCGAAGGUUUCAAAGGAAACCUCUUCAAACUCGGCAGACUUAUCAGACACGACUGGUUUAACGUCAGAGAAGCCGGUCAGAAGCCACGAGAGAGAUACCUGUUCCUCUUCAAGGCGAGGAUCCUCAUCACCAAGGUCAAGAGGAUUUCUGAGGACAGGUCCAUCUUCAUCCUCAAGGAUAUCAUCCGGUUGCCAGAGACUUCCCUGGCACCCCCCAGCAACCCGAAGGCCAUCGAGUUCUUCCACAUCGAAUCCUUGACCCAUCCCAACUUUCCCAUCCUCAUCGAGGCACGCACGCCCGAAAUCAAAGAGGCCUGGCUGCAAGGCAUCAGGGAGUACGUUGUUGACACAGCAUCCGUCGAGGACUUGCUGUUCGACGACGAACUCCGCGUCGUGUCCCAGGACAUCGACGAGGAAGACGCAGGCGUCAUCUCGCCUGUGCCCGAGGUCCAGGACUUUGAGGACCUUCCUGAGGACGGGGAAGCCGCCCCCGUGCCAUCAGGAGGAGUAGUAGUAGUAGGAGGAGGUCUCCAUCCUCCUUCAGAGCAGGUAGAGGAACACAAAUUAUUAGCAGAGCAGAAAAAACAACAACAACAACAACAACAACAACAACAACAGCCCACCCAAAAGGCUUCUUCGGACCAGGAAACCACUACUAUUUUACAGUUGGAAGAUGAGCAGGAGGCAUCCCACCUCCUUCUCUUGAGCGCAGAGGCAAAGGACGCUGCGGGCGAUCAGAAAGAGUACCCAGAAGAGAAAAGUUCUUUUAUUGCCGAUACAGAGGGCUCUGAUGGACAAAGGAAGAAUGAUCCUUGGGACCAGGACUCUGAUUCUGUGCCCACUAAAAGGAUGCGCUUCGAAGCAGCAGAGGGAGAUGAUUACAGUGAGGGAGACACCAGGGAUGAUGAUGAUGCAAUGUUUGAAGAGGAAUUUCAGAGGUUUGCAGCCACAGGAGAUAGAACAUUUACUGCAGAAGGUCCUUACCUACAAGCAGAGUUUACAAAAGCCAUCGAAGAAACGGUUGGAGAAGAGGUCGGCCACGCAGAAGAACAAAUUAAAGUGGGAGAGGAACAAGUUUAUGAUGAAACAUUGCAGGACACCCAAGGAGAAAUGAUCACUGAAUCUCCACAAGUGAUUGACAAAUGGGGCGAUCGAGAUACUUCUCCUCCUUUAAGAAUUCAACCCAUUGCUAAACCUGAAGAGGAAGCUGCUGUAGAACUUGAAUUUGAAGUAGUAGAGGGCAAGGCAGAUAAACUACAAACUCAAAAAAGUGAAGAGAUGCCCCAUGAAGCUAAGGAAGAGGAAAUUGACAUAUGGGGCGAUCGAGAUACUUCUCCGCCAUUGAGAAUUCAACCCAUUGCUAAACCUGAAGAGGAAACUGCUAUAGAACCUGAAUAUGAAGUAGAAGAAGACAAAGCAGAUGACCUAGAGAUUGAAAUAGGUGAAGAGAUGGCCCAUGAAGCUAAAGAAGAGGAAAUUGACAUAUGGGGUGAUCGAGAUACUUCUCCGCCAUUGAGAAUUCAACCCUUUGUUAAUCCUAAAGAAGAAACUGUCAUAGAAUCUGAAUAUGAAGUAGCAGAAGGCAAGAUAGAUAAACUACAAACUCAAGUAAGUGAAGAGAUGGUACAUGAAACUAAAGAAGAGGAAAUUGACAUAUGGGGUGAUCGAGAUACUUCUCCGCCAUUGAGAAUUCAACCCAUUAAAGAAACUGCUAUAGAACUUGAAUUUGAAGUAGUAGAAGGCAAGGCAGAUAAACUAGAGAUUGAAUUAAGUGAAGAAAUGGUCCAUGAAACUAAAGAAGAGGAAAUUGACAUAUGGGGUGAUCGAGAUACUUCUCCGCCAUUGAGAAUUCAACCCAUUGCUAAACCUGAAGGAGAAACUGCCAUAGAACCUGAAUAUGAAGUAGUAGAGGGCAAGGCAGACAAACUACAAACUCAAAUAAGUGAAGAGAUGGUACAUGAAACUAAAGCUGAGGAAAUUGACAUAUGGGAUGAGGAAAUUGACAUAUGGGGAGACAGAGAUACUUCCCCGCCAUUGAGAAUUCAACCCAUUACUAAACCUGAAGAAGAAACUGCAGUAGAACCUGAAUAUGAAGUGGUAGAAGGCAAGGCAGUCAAACUACAAACUCAAAUAAGUGAAGAGAUGGUACAUGAAACUAAAGAAGAGGAAAUUGACAUAUGGGGCGACAGAGAUACUUCUCCGCCAUUGAGAAUUCAACGCAUUGCUAAACCUGAAGAAGAAACUGGCAUAGAACCUGAAUUUGAAGUAGUAGAAGAAGAAACUGCCAUAGAACUUGAAUAUGAAGUAGUAGAAGGCAAGGCAGUCAAACUACAAACUCAAAUAAGUGAAGAGAAGGUACAUGAAACUAAAGAAGAGGAAAUUGACAUAUGGGGCGACAGAGAUACUUCUCCGCCAUUGAGAAUUCAACCCAUUGCUAAACCUGAAGAGGAAACUGCUAUAGAACUUGAAUCUGAAAUAGAAGAAGGCAAGGCAGAUAAACUAAAGAUUGAAAUAAGUGAAGAGAUGCCCCGAGAGGCUAAAGAAGAGGAAAUUGACAUAUGGGGUGAUCGAGAUACUUCUCCGCCAUUGAGAAUUCAACCCAUUGCUAAACCUGAAGAAGAAACUGCCAUAGAACCUGAAUAUGAAGUAGUAGAAGGCAAGGCAGACAAACUGCAAACUCAAAUAAGUGAAGAGAUGGCCCAUGAAACUAAAGAAGAGGAAAUUGACAUAUGGGGCGAUCGAGAUACUUCUCCUCCAUUAAGAAUUCAACCCAUUGCUAAACCUGAAGAAGAAACUGCCAUAGAACCUGAAUUUGAAGUAGUAGAAGAAGAGAAAUUGAAUAUGGGGUGCUUCGCAGAUAACUUCCCUGCCAUUGAAGAAUUCAACACAAUUGCUAAAAACCUGCAAGAAGAAAGCUAUAGAAACCUGAAAUAUGAAGUAGUAGAGGCUAAGGCAGACAAACUACAAACUCAAAUAAGAGAAGAGGUGGUUCAUGAAACUAAAGAAGAGGAAAUUGACAUAUGGGGAGAUCGAGAUACUUCUCCUCCAUUGAGAAUUCAACCCAUUGCUAAACCUGAAGAGGAAACUGCUAUAGAACUUGAAUUUGAAGUAACUGAAGACAUAGCAGAUAAACUAGAGAUUGAAAUUAGAGAAGAGUUGGUCCUUGAAACUAAGGAAGAGGAAAUUGAUAUAUGGGGAGAUCGAGAUACUUCUCCUCCUUUAAGAAUUCAACCAUUUAUAAGAACUGAAGAGGAACCUGUCCUAGAACAUAAAGUUGAAAUCCAAGAUGAAGAUAGUUAUGAGAUUUUAGAGUCUUCAGAAACUAAAAUGGCUGAAGAUACUGGCCAUGAAUCUCUGCCAGAAGAAAUUGAUAUAUGGGCCGGCCGUGAUACCUCCCCUCCGUUAAGAAUUAAACCUGCUUUUAGAGUGGAAGAAGAAACUUUGAUGCAGUCUUCAGCUGAUGUAACUGCAGAACCUGAACCAACAUAUGAAGCUGUGCAAGAGCCUGGGAUCAGCAGUCACCGUGAUACUUCCCCGUCAUCAAAAAAAGAUACAACCGUUAAAUACGAAAAAGAAAAGAUAGGAAUUGAAGCGUGGUUUGAGGGUGAUUUGACCCCACCGUUACGAGUGACAUUCCCUCCUGAGAAGUUCGAAGACCCUUCUGAAAUUGCUUUUGAAAAGACUGGUAAAUUCAUUUGCUCUAAAGUGACUAGGAGGCAGUCAAAGGAGCCUUUAACAUCACAAUCUCAAUCAAAUUUACAGGCCACUGACCACAAACAUUAUCAAGACACAUUACAUGGUGAAGGCGCACAGGCUUCAGUCACUGGCCACGCCCCACUUGCCCUAAAGGAAAUUCCAUCCCAAGAGCAUAUUCCUUUGUCCACAGAAGAGCCCAGAGAGCUUAGGGUAAAGAUGAUAGCAAUGUUUGCUUAUAGAGCAUUACAACCAUGUCUCGUCCUCUUCUGUACCUGCUACAGAGCCUUCUGCCAACAUUGUUGCCCGAUUCAGGCUAAGAGCCCAGUUGAGGAUAUUUCACCCACCACCAUUACACCACCAGAAGAAACCAAGGCUAAAGAAGCUGAGAUUGAUAUCUGGGGUGGCAGAGACACUUCUCCACCACUGAGAAUCAGUCAGGCUAAGAGACCAGGUGAGGAUAUUUCACCACCAGUUACACCACCAGAAGAAACCAAGGCUAAAGAAGUUGAGAUUGAUAUCUGGGGUGGCAGAGACACUUCUCCACCACUGAGAAUCAGUCAGGCUAAGAGACCAGGUGAGGAUAUUUCACCAUCAGUUACACCACCAGAAGAAACCAAGGCUAAAGAAGUUGAGAUUGAUAUCUGGGGUGGCAGAGACACUUCUCCACCACUGAGAAUCAGUCAGGCUAAGAGACCAGGAGAGGAUAUUUCACCACCAGUUACACCACCAGAAGAAACUAAGGCAAAGGAAGCUGAGAUUGAUAUCUGGGGUGGCAGAGACACUUCUCCACCACUGAGAAUCAGUCAGGCUAAGAGACCAGGUGAGGAUAUUUCACCACCAGUUACACCACCAGAAGUAACCAAGGCUAAAGAAGCUGAGAUAGAUAUCUGGGGUGACAGAGACACUUCACCACCAUUAAGAAUCAGUCAGGCUAAGAGACCAGGUGAGGAUAUAUCACCGGCAGUUACACCACCAGAAGAAACUAAGGCUAAAGAAGCUGAGAUUGAUAUUUGGGGUGACAGAGACACCUCUCCACCACUAAGAAUUAGUCAGGCCACAAGACCAAGUGUAGAAGAGCCUUCACCUCCAGUUACCCCGCCAGAAGAGAGCAAAGAUAAGGAAGUUGAGAUUGAUAUUUGGGGAGAUCGAGAUAGCUCCCCUCCACUGAGAAUUGCCCAGCAUCUAAGCAGAGAGGCAGAGUCACCAGAAGCGGCAGAGAUUGAAACAGCUUCCAGAGUCUCAGAUGAAGUCACAGACCUGUUCGAAGAACUUGUAGGGGAGAUCCAAGAAGGCGACGAUAACCAAGGCGAUUUCUGGUCAGAAAGAGACAUUUCUCCUCCCCCGCGUCAGGUACCCGUACCCGAGUCCCCAGCAGUGGCUAAGGCUCCAUCUCCAACGUCAAAAGAAGAGGAGAAAGCAAAAGAUAAGGAUAUCACAGAUACAACACAAGAGUUUAGAGAAUCAUUGGAGGAGAGGGAGCGAAAGGCACGCGAGGAGAAAGAAAGGAAAGAACGAGAGGAGAAAGAGAGGAAGGAAAGAGAGGAGAAAGAGAGGAAGGAAAGAGAAGAGAAAGAGAGGAAGGAAAGAGAGGCAAAAGCUCAAGUGAAAGCUCAGGUCUCCUCGAAGCCCAAGAUGGACCGGUCAGACAGCGAAGGAUCCGUCGAGGAUGAGUUCGAGAGGAUGGCCCAGGAAGCUGCUGGGGAAGUGGUCGUAGAGGAGUUCUGGAAGGGCAGGGACGCCUCUCCAGAGGGCGCCAAGGCUGACGAGGCCAAGAAGGCUGAGGAAGCCAAGAAGGCUGAAGAGGCCAAGAAGGCCAAGAAAGCUGAAGAGGCCAAGAAGGCUGAAGAAGCCAAGAAGGCUGAAGAAGCCAAGAAGGCUGAAGAGGCUAAGAAGGCUGAAGAGGCCAAGAAGGCUGAAGAGUCCAAGAAAGCUGAAGAGGCCAGGAAGGCUGAAGAGUCCAAGAAAGCUGAAGAGGCCAGGAAGGCUGAGGAAGCCAAGAAGGCUGAAGAGUCCAGGAAGGCUGAAGAGGCCAGGAAGGCUGAAGAGGCCAAGAAGGCUGAAGAGGCCAGGAAGGCAGAAGAAUCCAGGAAGGCUGAAGAGGCUAAGAAGGCAGAGGAAGCCAGGAAGGCUGAAGAGGCCAGGAAGGCUGCAGAAACUCAGCAGCCGGCUACUCUGACCUCAUGGGCGUUAGUGUUAGUGAUAAUGGGACAAGAAAGAACUACCCAAGCUCACCGUACCCGCCGCCCCCCAGCAGCAGAAGCCCCACCACCAGCGAAGGCGCCCCUGAUCAUACCCGGCAAGAUGACGGAACCGACCACCCCAUUCACCCCGGGAGGAACCCCCAAACCUAUCUUUACCAAGACCCUCAAAGGAGAAGUAGUGGAACGGAUUAUAGAAAUCGAUGAAACAGGAGAAAAGCGUUUCGAGUCAGAGAUAGAACCUGGAGAAAGCGUGAAUUUCACGUGCGUCGUCGCCCACCCAGCUCCCUACUUCGUCACUUGGUUGAAGGACAGCAAGCCUUUGGAUGACAAGCUAGCAGACAGAGUUCAAGCCCAGGACAAUGGGGACAAGCAUACACUCAAGGUCAUGAACUGCCGCGUGCAAGACUCCGGCAUCUACACCGCCAAGGCCACCGAUGAGAAUGGAGUGUCAGCCACCUGCUCUGCUCAGCUCCUCGUACAGGAAUUGACAGAAGAGGAACGCCAGCGACGCAUCGCCGAGAAGUCGCCCUUCUUCCUCGUCAGGAUGAAGAAAACGGAGGUCAUCGAGAAUACCAACCUCUCCUACACCAUCCACGUCAAGGGCGAUCCCAUGCCCGAAGUGCAGUUCUUCAAGGACGACAAGGAGAUGAAGGAGGAUGCGCGAGUCGUCAUCCACAGGGACCAGGAGGUGGGCCAUUAUGAGCUGCUCAUCUCCCACGUCACGAGGGACGACGAGGCCACCUACAAAGCCAUCGCCAAGAACAAGUUCGGAAGGGCCGAGUGCGAGGCCCUUAUGACUGUCAGAGACGAAGAGGCCAUUUACGAGAGCCUUUCGGGUAGAGGGUCUCUGCUCGCCAAGGGAGAGAAGGCUGAGUUCAAGUGGUUCAGGGACGGCGUCGAAUACGACCCCAGUGAGAGGUUCAAUGUUAUGUUCAAGGAUGAUGAAGACACUUUGGCCUUGGUCUUCCAAAACGUCACUCCGGAGGACGCUGGUCUGUACACUUGUGUGGCCUCCACUUCCUGUGGCAAGAUUUCUUGCUCCGCUGAGCUGACCGUCGAAGGCGCCGUCAACCGCCUGAUGAAAGAACCAGAGGCUCCCAACUUCAAGGAGGAACUGCAGAACGUGCAGGUGGCCGUCGGAGGAUCAGCCAUGCUCGAGUGUAAGGUCGGAGGCUUCCCCAAGCCUGAUCUCAAAUGGAGCCGCAAUGGCAUGGACGUCAAGAUUGGAGGCCGUUUCAAGGUCCUGUGGGAAGACGAAGAGUCCGUGGCUUUGAUCAUCAAGAACAUCGAGGAAUCGGACGGAGGCCUUUACGCCGUCAAGGCCAAGAACGACCUCGGCGAGGCUCAAACGAUGGCCCAACUCGGCAUCAAGGCUGGUCCAAAGAUCGUCCGUAUGAGGAAGGAUGUAUCGUGUGUCAUUGGCAAGGACCUGGACUACACCAUUGAGGUCUUUGGUGAACCCCCACCAGAUGUCAAAUGGCUGAAGGAUGGCAAGCCUCUGCCGGAGAGCAGCAGAAUCAAGUACGAGAAGGAAAACGACACUACCUGGACUAUGCACAUGAAGUCGAUGGAGAUGGACGACUGCGCUUGCUACACGGUCGUCGUGGCCAACAGCAUGGGCCAAGUCUCCGACGUCUUCAACAUCGAGACCGACGCGGCUCCCCAGAUCGUCAGGGGACUCGACCCUGAGACUGACAAGAAGAAAGGAUACGAUGUUAUCCUUGAGGUCCGGGCUUCGGGAGCUCCGAGGCCGGAGGCCAGAUGGUUCAAGGACGGCAAGGAGCUGAUGUCUGACGGCGAUAAGUACAAGAUGACGAAGGAGGACAAGUUCUACAUGCUGAAGAUUCGCAACGUCGACAGGAAGGACAAAGGAACAUACAAAGUGGAGCUCACCAACCCCAGCGGAUCGGCUUCCAGCGAGACUGCCCUGAACGUGAGGGCUCCUCCGGACUUCGUCACCCCUCUGAAGGACGCCUACGCCAAGGAGGGCAGCAAGGACGUCAAGCUCUUCGUGGAAUGGGAGGCCACGCCCAAGGCUAGCAUCAAAUGGCUCUACAAGGACAAAGCUAUCCAUGAAGACACACCUGGAUACACAAUUCGUGGAACAGAUAACAGCCAGGUCCUCACUAUCCACGACGCCGUUCCUGACUUCGUUGGUGCAUACAGCUUCAGGGCCACUAACGAGUAUGGCGAGAGCAUCUGCACUGCCAAAUUCCUCUUGCACGAAGUUCCAGUCCUCACAUCCGGUCUGUCUGACACUGAGUUCCUGGAGGGUAGAGUUGGACAGCUUACCUUCAAGGCAACUGGUAUACCUCCUCCAGAGAUCAAGUGGACAAAGGAUGGCAAGAAGUGGACUCCUGACGGCAAGGCCAUCAAGCUGAAGCAGGAAGGCCCGGAUACCUACACUCUCUACUUCGACGAGUGCUCCACUGAGGACUCCGGCCACUACGUGGCCACAAUCUCUAACGUGGAGGGCACAGUGACCACUGAGGCAACUGUUGUUGUCACCAAUAAAUCUACGAUUCACCAACUGACCGUUUGUUUUCAUGCAUCUGGAUGCAAUGUUGAUGACCUUGAGAGGAGAGACCCUAAAGCAUUUCAUUCUAUAUGUGUACCAUUAUUCCCUGUAGCUGAAAGACCAAGUGUCAAAGAUGUUAAACCUAGCAAAGAGACUGCUAGCAUCCAGUCCCAAAGCACUGGAGACCAUAUAUCGUCUGACAACGACUCUGACUCUGGACAAAAAGACGUGGUUCCUGAAGAGGAAAUGGCUUUAGAUCAGUCUGAAGACACCGACAUGGAUGUCCUCCAAGCAGCUGACUCUGGAAAGAGAAAGCGGCGGGAGUCCCUCCCAGACCACGAGAGCGCCCUCCAGGUUAAAAGGGAAAAGACUGAUGGCAAUGUCAGACAUCCUGAAAUUUCCGAUAACAAAGAAACAGUCAUCUUUGCCUCCCAAGAAGAAAGUGAAGAGGUUAACAUUGACAAUGAUAGAGAACAGUGUCUGAAACAGAAGAUGAGCGUGACAGUGACUGAAGAAGUCAGGAAAAUAGAGACUGAUAGUGAACCUGAAGAUGAACAAUCACUCGUUGUUCGUGGGUCUUGCGAUAUGACGUCAGAGGAGUCGAAAGGGAAAGGGGGCCUCAGGGUCUUGGCCGAAUGUAGCAUUGUUCGUCAAGAAAACAUUCAGCAGACGGUACUUACUGCUGAAUCAGAUGUGGGUGACGGUGCUGUUGAGUCUUCCUCGGUAAUACAUCUCAAGAAAACAGUUGAGGUUGAGGAAUACAAGGCAUUAAUUUCAGACAGUGAUGAGGAAGGCACUUCUGAUUUAGAACCAGCACCUGCACUGCAGGAUGCCAAUUCUAAACCUGCCCUUCUAAUGGGAAAAACAACAGGCAUUGAACCUGAACGAGCAGUGGAAACAACUGCAGGUGAACCAGGUCGCAGUGACCCUGAGACUCUUGACAUUAGAACCAUUGAUCCUAACAAGAAGGUCCCAGAAGUUCAGGACGUUAAGCUGGUCCAUGAAAAAGCGACAGAAAGUCCUGGUAAACCACUCAAAAGAAAGUCGGUAGCUCUCGAUGACGCUCCAGAGAAAUGCCUGAGCGCAGAUGCGCCAACUGCAUCUAAAGCCAGUGUCUCCUCUGAAUCCGAACCACAGAAGAACAUUCCGACCACAAACAUGCAGACUGUAGAGACUGAGAAACCGUCUCACUCAGGAGAGAAGAUAAGUAAAGACGACUUAGGCCGAUUAGUCGACGGACGAGGUAAAGAAAGUGGUCCCGCUGGGGAUCCAGAAAUUGAACCCACCACACAUAUCACAACAGCUUUGACCCUGAAGUUUUCUGAUGUUUCAACUCCACCCCACAUCAAGAAGAGCAACUUCAAGGAAGGCAAGACAUUUAUUGCCAUGCACAAGUUCGUCUUGGAAGUGGAAGCAACUGCUGUUCCAGAAGCAACAGCCACAUGGUACUUCAAUGGCAAGGAGCUUACCGAGGAGGAAGAUCGUUGUAAGUUCAACUUCGAUGGAACUAAAUACACAAUGGAGAGACUCGGCAGUGACCCUGAGCACUCCGGAGAGUACAAGUGUGUACUCAAGAACAAAAUCGCCUCUGCAGAGGAGGCUGGCAUAAUCACAGUCAAAGAAAAGGAAGCCCGCGUUCGCAGACCGCUGGAGGAUGCGUUCGUCAUUGAGAACACCGACGCUGUUCUUAAGUGCCAGAUCGUCGGUGAUCCCAUUCCUACUAUCGAAUGGCUACGCAAUGGCAAGCCCCUGCCUCCAUCAGAGCGCUUCCAGGUGACUGAGGAGCGUCUGGCCGGCUGGCACACCAUCACAAUCACUGGAGUGACAGAGCAGGACAAGAGCACUUUCACCGUCAAGGGCAAGAACCAACACGGCGAGUGCGAGACCACUAGUCGUCUUGGUAUCCUAGUAAAACCACAGCCAGGAGAGCUUAAGGACGCCACCGUCGACUAUGGCAAGGACCUGUUGCUGAAUGUGGCUAUUCACGCCUUCCCCCCUCCCAAGAUGGUUUGGACUUUGGAAGGAAGGGAGCUCACUCCCAAUGGCCACUUCGAGUACAUGAGAGACGAGGAGAAUGAAGUGUACGGACUUCUCAUCAAAUCAGCUGUGCUGGAGGAUGCUGGAAGGAUCACUUACACAGCCGAGAACAAGGCUGGAAACUGCUCUGGAAGCUGCACCGUCAAAGUCCACACCGAGAAGCCCAACGUGGUUGCCAACUUGGAACACCUCAUGCACUGCCUGGAAGACGACGCCACCUUCACCCUCAGGGCCUCUGGUCUUCCACUACCCGACUGCACCUGGAAGAUGGGGGAUGUGGUCGUCAAAGAGGACGAACGCCACGUCUUCACCUUCCCAGAGCCUGGAGUCUACUGUCUCACCAUUAAAGAUCUCAACAUGAAUGAUUAUGGUGUGGUCACAGUCCUGGCCAAGAGCUUGGUAGGCGAAUGCAACUCCGCAGGCAAACUGUCUCAAAAGAAGAUGAUGUGUGAGGUUGUCGAGGGACUCGAGAACGUCACCAAGGGCGCUGAGGGCGACGACGUCACUCUUAAUGUGAAGAUCAGGGCUUCCCCUCGACCUGUGUUCGAAUGGAGCAAGGACGGAGACAUCCUGGAGGCGAGCGAGAAGAUCAAGAUCGAGAUGAAGAAGACCUCCUACUGCGAGGCCACCAUCUCCCUCACCCUCGUCGACGCCUCCUCCAUCGAGUCCGGCCAGUACAGACUCAAGUUCAGCAACGAACUCAACGCCAGCAGCGUCGAAACGGCUCUCAUCAUCAGGCCCGAACGCAGGAAGCCCAAGGUCACGAAGAAACCCAGCGACUUGGAAAUCAUGGAAAAGAAGCAAGGUAUCUUCCACGCCAAGAUCACUGGAUUCCCCAAGCCAGAGAUCAAGUGGAUGAGGGAAGGACGUCAAGUGUAUCCUACAGACAUCAUCGACAUGGGUGUCACUGCAGAAGGUCUCUACUACCUUGAGUUCCGACAUGUGUCCACAGAGGACGUGGGAAGGUACACCGUUUAUGCUGUCAACGACGAGGGACAUUGCGAGGCAGAGUGCAGCCUUAAUGUUGUUCCUCCUCCUUCCAAGCCCGAGUUCAUCCAGAGCCUCAAGGCAAGCAAGGUCAUCAUGGGUUACCCAGUCAGGCUCGAGGUCCAGCUGGGUGGAUACCCUGUGCCCGAGGUCCAGUGGUUAAAGGAUGGAAAGCCAAUCCAGAUCGAUGGCACCCAUUACAAGCAGAUCGUUGAGCCAGAUGGCACUGUGAUCUUGCAGAUCGACAAGGCCACUGAGGGUGAUAUGGGCGAGAUCACUUGCGUGGCCAAGAAUCCAGAGGGCGAUGUCUCCUCUUCUGCCAAGCUCGCAGUUUUGGGAUUCCAGAGGGGAGAAGGAUACCCAGAUGGCCCUGCCAAGUUCUCCGAGGGCCUGAGAGACAUGACCUACGACGAGGGCAAGAACAUCCGCCUGCCCGUGGGCAUCAGAGGCGGCCCCGUGCCCAACAUGAAGUGGUACAAGGAUGGAGAGGAAAUCAAGCUGGAUGAUCGUGUGUUCUUCACCUACGAUGGAGACAGGGCCUACUUGGAGAUCCGCCCCUGCAAAGGCUCAGACGCCGGGAAAUACAAGUGCGUCAUCCAGAACGACAAGGGCUCCGACGAAACUGAAUGCGAGGUGUCCAUUAGGAAGUGCUUCGAGGCUCCUUACUUCACCAACACCUUCCCCAACCAGGCUAAGCUGCCAGGCCGAGAGGUCAAGAUGUCGGUGAAGGUCGACGCCGUCCCCAAGCCUGACCUGUCUUGGUUCUUCAACGGGAAGCCUCUGGAGGCCGACGGAGACAGGAUCCGCGUCAGGCGGGACGGAGACGGGCAGACCCUCUUGAUCAAGGACUGCACCUACAGCGACUCCGGCAACUACAAGGUCGUGGCCAAGAACAGGGAGGGAGAAGUGGAGCACGAGGCCAGCCUCGAAGUAUCUGAUGACGUGGACCCCACCAGGAGAGCGGAGGCACCAGUGUUCCUCAAGGUCAUGGGAGACCAGGAACUUUUCGAAGGCUCCAACGCUCUUUUCAAGGCCAUUGUCACUGGAAGACCAGAGCCUGAGUACAAGUGGACCAAGAAUGGCGGCACCAUUAUUCCCACGAACCGGGUCAUCAUCGAGAAAGACCACGAUGGACUGAUUCGUCUGACCAUCAAGAACAUUACCCCAUCGGAUGCUGGUGUUUACCAGCUCAAGGUCUGGAACGAGCACGGCGAGAAGACUUGCCAGGGAAAACUCAUCUGCGAGACUCUGACGAGCAAGAUGAAGAGACCCGUGGGAGACGAAUAUAUGGGCUUCGAUCGCGUCCGCCGUUCGGGCGUGCCCAUGCCCCUGCCGGACAAGCCCAUGAUCAGCGCCCUCGCCGAGAGGCGUGCCACGGUCUCCUGGAUGCCAUACCUGCCCACACCGCCCUGCACGCCCGUCACCUACCAGCUGGAGGUCAUGGAAUGCCCCGAGGGUGAAUGGAUCACCUAUAGGACAGGCAUCCGAGGUUGCAGCGUCGACGUGACGAAUCUGAAUUCCAAGAGCGACUACCGCUUCCGUGUGAGGGUCGAGAACAAAUACGGAGUCUCUGAGCCGUCCCCCUACGUCACCAGCUUCAGGUACAAACUGGACCUCCCACCAAUCAGCUACGAGCCCAAGAUGGACCCUCACUACGAGUACAAGGGUGACGGCCCCUACGUUCCCGAAGGAUUCAGGAUCAGCCGCGACUACAAGGGCAACUACUACGCUGCCCCGAGGUUCCUGAAGCUGGACUACGAUACCCAGUACGGCCUGAAGGGCUUCAACGCCUCCAUCAAGUGGUAUGCCUAUGGAUACCCGACGCCCAAGAUUCAUUUCACCAGGGAUGGAAAGCCCUUGGAAGUGGGAGCCAAGACCAGGUUCACGUACACUCAGGAAGCGACCGGUGAAAUCUGUCUCUUCAUUGAAAGAAUGACUGAAGAAGACAUCGGCCUGUACGAGUGCUGGGUCAGGAACGAACACGGCCAGUCUAAGCAACGCAUCCAUCUCGACCUGGCAGACUACCCCAGGAUCAUGCAGCCCCUGGAGGAGCUCCACUUGAAGGCCAACACCUCCGGCAAGAUCAUGUGUAGGAUCUCAGGGUUCCCCCCGUGCCAGGUCAGAUGGUACAGAGACUGGGAGCCAAUCACCACUGGAUUCAGAUUCAGGCCAUCUUAUGCUGAGCCUGACACCUACAUCCUGAACAUCACCGGCGCCCAGGUCAAGGAUUCAGGAUUGUACUCCAUUUCAGCCGCUAAUGUAGCUGGAAACGUACAUUCAUCGUGUAUGGUGCACGUAGAAGAAGACGACCUGGGCUUCUUCUGGUACGGCCCAGGGGGUGCCAGGCAGGUUGGCAUCAACUCCCGCCGUGGCACUCUGGAGGAUCAUUACGACAUCGGCGAUGAGCUGGGACGUGGUACUCAGGGUGUCACGUACCACUGCGUUGAACAUCAUACUGGCCGCAACUUCGCCGCCAAGUCCAUGUGGGGCAAGGACAAGCUGAAGGUCUGGAUGCACAUGGAGCUGGAAAUGAUGAAUCUUAUCAACACCUGCAAACACAUCGUCAGGCUCUACGACGCCUACGAGGGGCCCAGGAAUAUGGUCCUUGUUACUGAGAUGUGCGGUGGAGGUGACUUGCUCUACGCCCUUACACAGCAGCAGUACCUGACGGAGUACGAGGUCUGCUGCUACAUCAGACAGGUCCUUGUUGGCCUGGAAUACAUGCAUGACAGGUGCAUCGCCCAUCUUGGACUGAAUAUCGGAGAUAUCCUUCUCACUCGUCCAAACGGUCGGGAGAUUAAGAUCGGAGAUCUUUCUCUCGCAAGACAGAUCCGUAUCAACAAAGUCCAGCCCUUGGAUUAUGGAAUGCCCGAAUUCGUCGCCCCCGAGGUCGCUAAGGGAGAGGGCGUGACCUACGCAGCUGACAUGUGGGCUGUGGGCGUCAUCACUUACCUCCUCCUGUCCGGAACAUCUCCCUUCAGAGGCGAGAAUGACCGCGAGACCUUAACCAGAGUUCAGAAGGGCGAGCUGACAUUUGAUAUGGAAGCCUUCUCUCACGUCUCUGACGAGGCCAAGGACUUCAUCGCCAAGCUCCUCAUCUAUAAGGCUGAUGUGCGUAUGGAUGUCAAGAAAGCCAUGCUUCAUCCAUGGAUGCAAAUGGCUCUUGCUGAGCCUAAGGUGCAGACGAAGAUCAGCACAGACAGACUCAGAAGUUACUACGCCAAGUUCAGGGAAUGGUACGGCAACGCCUCCUGCAGGAGAUGGUUCCGCAGGCGCCCCCUGUCCUCCUGCUUCACUCACCCAAGCAAAAUGGUCUAUCCCCCUGACGAGGUGUACACUCCCCCCGAAUCUCCCGAGAGGGAGGUUCUGCCCGAGAAGACUGACGACUAUGAUAUCAUGCACAGGGACUACUCUUAUGAACUCGACGUUAUCAAGAAUGAAAGCAACUACCAGAUGGGUCCAGAUACUUACCUUUUGCAACUGCGCGAUGUGGACUUCCCCUGCCGUCUGCGCUCCUACAUGAAGGUGGCGACAUCGAGGUCACCAGCUUAUGCCAUGAGCGUCAAGGAGCACGACUACGAUUACAAAGCGGUGCCCGUCAUCCACGAACGCCGUCGCUUCACGGACAUCAUGGACGAGGAGAUAGACGACGAGCGUCGUAGGACGUCCGUGGACAAGUACACGGCCGGAUUCAUACGGAGCAGAAUGGAGACGUGCUCUCUGGACAUGCCCAAGAGAGUCAAGAGGGAGGUGGCAGCUCGCCUCGCACUCAGAGACGAUGCCACGGCAAUAAGGGAGGAGCAGACCUUCGGGAAACUUCCCUUCAUGAGAGAGAAGCCGGAUUCUUGCGCCAUCACCAGCGGACAACAGCUCACUCUCACCUGUGUGGUGACGGGUGAUCCCCAGCCUGUUGUCCAGUGGUUCAAAAACGACCUCAUCCUGGGAGACAGCGAGAGGUGCAAGAUCACCAACGAGCCUGGUAAGUCUACCCUGACCUACGAGGAAUGUCGCGAUUUCGACACAGGUCAGUACAAGGUCGUGGCCAGGAACACCCUGGGUCAGGUGACCCACAAGUUCAGGCUCGUCCUGGGUCACAUUCCGGGUCCCUGCGACUGCCCAGAGGUCGCCAGCAACUCGGAUACCGAGGUCCUAGUUCGGUGGAGGCCGCCUAUCAUAGAUGGUGGUCACGCCAUAUUGUGCUACCACUUACAGAAGAAAACAGGAGGAGACACGGAAUGGCAGACAGUCCACGACCACAUCAAUCAGGAGUUCUUCCUCGUCCACGGUUUGCAGGAGGACACAGUCUACCAGUUCCGCCUGGCUGCCAAAAAUCUCAAGGGAUGGGGAGAGUUUUCCGUGGCUACUCCCGUCGUGCGGACGGCCCCCAGAGGUGUCUUGAAGGUCAAGAUGAGCAAGAGCAUGCACUACCUCCAGCAGCUCACCGAAAGUGGCAAAACUCCUGCAGAUCUGGAGAAGAGGCCCUUGGAUUACACGAAGGAGGUGGAACCUGUGAAAUUGAAGAUUGGAGAGAACGCAGAGCUUCAGGUGAGAAAGUAUCAGUUCAUGGCGGAAUUAUCGAGAGGAAGAUACAGCACUGUCAUCAAAGUCAUCCGCUCGGAUGACAAGAGACACUUCGCCGCCAAACUCAUCGAAAACCAGGACAGGGAACAGGCUGUGAAGCUCGAACACGAGGCUCUGAGAUCCCUGCGCCACGACAGGAUAGCUCAGCUCUACGAGUCCUACAGUAUCGGUGGCGUGACGAUGUUCAUUAUGGAACCUUUAACCGGAAUAGACAUCCUCACCUAUCUAUCGUCUAAGCACGAGUAUUCUGAACAGAAUGUAGCCACCGUAGUCUUACAGGUUCUGAACGCGUUAUCGUACCUCCACUGGCGCGGCUACGGCUACCUAGACCUACAGCCCGACAACGUCGUCAUGACGACGUGCAGACGCACCGACAUCAAACUCGUCGACAUGGGCAGCGCCAUGCUCGUUUCCAAGUUGGGGUCGUCCGUUCCCGUCAACGGCCUCCUGGACUAUAUUGCCCCCGAAGUGUUAUCAGACCAGAAGGCGUAUCCCACGAGUGACAUCUGGUCUCUGGGCGUCCUGACCUACGCCCUUUUGGCUGGCUCGAGCGCCUUCAAGGGCGCCGAUGACGACGAUACCCGUCAGAACAUCCAGUACUGCCGCUACAAGUUCGAUCACCUGAGCAGCAGUACGACUCAGGAGGCCAUCAGAUUCCUCAUGCUCAUCUUCAAGAGAGACCCCAACAAACGGCCAACGGUGGACGAUUGUCGAGAACACAGAUGGUUACUUGAGACCGACCACAUGGUGAAGAAGAGAGAGAGAGCGACCUUCUUCGGCAUCAAACUGCGGGAAUACGACGAAUCCUACCACAAGGGCCGGGCGACGUCAGCCACGAAAUCCAAAAUCUUGCGUCACUUCAACGAGAUGACCCUCCCCGAGGAAUAUUCCUACGACCCAGACAUGUUCUGCGUCCUGUAGGUCUAUGGAUAGUUUCGGUGGAGGGUAAAAUGGGCCUUAUUAGGUAGAUGCAGAGACGCCAGAGUCCCUAGAUGACCAGUGCAGUAACUGACUCGGAAGAUGGAAGAAAAAGAAUUAAAAGAGAAAUUUUUGUUUGUGUUUAUUCUCGUAUUUGAAGAGGCUCUUUGAUGAUAGCUAAUUGAAUCUGAGGUUGAAAACAGCUAUUUUUGAAAUGUAGGAAAAGAAAACAGCUAUUAUGGAAAUAUACGAAAGGAAAACAGCUAUUUUUGAAAUAUAGGAAACAAAUAGAGGCGAGAAACUUGGUGUUUAUUCUCGUCUUGAGAAAGCUUUUUUGAUAAUAGCCAAUUGAGGCAGAAAGCAGCUUUUAGAUAAUAUCUAAUUGAUAUUGAGACAGAAAACAGCUAUUUUUUUAUGUUUACUUACUGUGGUCGCACGUAACAUAAACAGACGCUUGUGAAAGGAGUUACAGUGUUUGUGAUUAAGCUGGAAUCUAAUAUCCUUCUAAAGUGAUCAAGCUGGAAUCGAAUAUCCUUGACGAGUGAAUGAGCUGGAAUCUAAUAUCAUUCACAAGUGUGAAGCUGAAAUUGAGCUUGAAAAAAUAAUAUCCUUCACUGGGUAUUAAGCUGAAAUCAAGCUGGGAGGCUAAUAUCCUUUUAAGCUGAAAUCAAGAUGGAAAACUAAUAUCCUUCACUGGGGUAUUAAGCUGAAAUCAAGCUGGUAGCUAAAACAUCGUUUUAAGCUGAAAUCAAGCUGGAAAACUAAUAUAUCCUCCACUGGUGGUUCAGCUGAAAUCAAAUAUUCUUCGCAAGUGAUUAAGCUGAAAUCAAGCUGGAAGUUUCCGAGUCACUGAUGCCAAAGCUUAUUUUAUUUUGAUUUUUAGAGAUUUGAUGUAUAAUAUUACUUACGUACGAUUAAUUAUUCUUUUUUUUUUCUUCAUCUAGUCCUUUCUCUCUCUCUUCGUCUUGGCUUGAGCCAAAGAAAAAAAAAGGUAUAUUGAUUUUUUUUCUCUCUCAGGACCAUGAAUGUCGAAAAACUGAUGCUGUGAAUGGUUUUUUUUUCUUCUGACAGAUCGUUCCGUUGGUCUUUUUUUCUCUCUUUCUCUCUCACCUCUCCGUAGCAUUUUGACGCGUUAUUUCUCCUUUAGGUUAAUUAUUUUGGGCGUAGAUAAUUACUCUUGACUGUAUAAUGAAGGAACUUUGUCGUUUUGUGUUGGUGAAAUUAUUUUUUAAGCGUAGUUUUUUCCCGUCUAUAAAAAAAUAAUGAUAAUGAUUUUUUUUUCCUGUUUAGGUAACGGUAUAUACAUUACGUAUAUAUAUGAAGUUUAAAUUCAUGCCAUCAGCACAUUCAAUUUAUACAAAAAUGUAGUUCAUUUCAUUUUAAAUAGGCUAGUUUUGUAGUAAGGGAUAAUAUUCACGAAUGUGCAUAUUAAGAUGCCUAAGUGUUUAUAGUUUUUCGAAACGUAAUAAAGAAACAUUUAGCUAAUGUUGUCAGACGUUUUCUCUUUCGAAAAUCUUGGGUGUUCAUAGUUUUUUUUCUCGUUCUUCAUAGAUGAAACAUAGUCUCUCAAUAUAAUCACUCCGACUCUCGCAAAACCGUAUUUUUUUUUAAUGUAAUCCUUCAGUGAACCGCAGAUCAAGUUCACGUUUUUUAUGUGCGGUCAAAUCUGGUCGUGAAAACGUUCAACGUUGAUCUGGUCCUAUCUGGUCCUAUCAUGUGGUCCCAUCCGAAGCUCUGGCUGCACUUUGUAUUAAACGAAAGUUUUCGGUCAAAAUAUAUAUCCAGAAAAUCCCUCUGAGGUAUGAGUGCGAGAUAAUCUCUUUUGGAGACGUCUAAACCCACAUGGGAGACAAUUUCUGGGAGAUAUCCUCUUCUGGUGAUGUCUAGACCCACACGAGAAUCAGGUUCUGGUAGUCGACAAAAAAUAAUACUUUGUCGUUCCAAUAAUUGUGAACCAUAGUUAAGACCAAUAUUUUUUUUUUUCGUAUUCACCUCCUCUCGUUUCGAAAUGGUUAGUUGCUUUCAUUUUGAGGAUUUUAAUGACUCGUUUUACGCACGUACUGCUCGUCUGGUCGCCACACCAGACUCCGAGACAAUUUUCCCUUUUUUUUAAAGAAGAUAAUUUCCCCCCCAAGCGAGUCUACAAGAGACUCUCUUUCUACGAAUAGGCAGUGCGUACUUAAAGUGACGUUCUUUCUGAAUGUGUUCUAUGUCAUUUCUUUAUUUUCCUGAGAUUGUUCUUCCCCUUUUGUUCACCUUAGAUUACGUAUUAAUUUCAUUAGGACCCCACUGACGAAGAGGAACCAAAAUAUUUCGGGUGCCUCUGUCUGCUGGGGUCUUAAUCUACGAAUUGUUUCAUGGAUAGCCGUUGUACAGAUUUCUCGAUUCUCUCGUGUCAUGUGAUAAAUAUACAAGAUUCUCUCAAUGGUG